AUGAAGCAAAACAACAUCAUACGGACGGCGAGCUCUAGACGCAAGGAGCAGCACUCAAGCGUACAGUUUCUUAAUUUGACAAAUCCCCACGACGCUACCAGUUCGGAAGCACUCGCUGUGAUCCGAUCCCACGUAGCAAAAAACACGCAUGGCCGCAAGCAACAAAGUCGCCGUGCCCGUUUGGAGAUCCGUCAAUACUUUCCAAUUCAAUCGAGCCAGGUUAGCGAUCGACUGCCGCAAGGAACACUACAAACACAGACCGAAGAACCCAGUCAUGCAAGUGUUGCACGGCAGCAGCAAAAUCGCGAAGACGCUCAAAUAAUCGAACGGAGGAUAUGGAUUCCCAAUCCACUGACCUCCGUGACAUCUACCAGGAAGAACCCCUUCCAGACCUCUGUUACUAUCAUUUCAGACUCGGAGAAUGCUCUGGUAGAUCAUUACAUCACCUUCGUCAUAGACCACGGAUAUACUGAUUGCAUGCAUUCCGAGACUGAGCAAGCCCUUCUCCAGAGGGUCCGGUCACAGUUCGUACCAUGGUCACUUACAGAACGAGGCCUAUUAGCGGGUCUCUUUAUGGCAGCAUGCCGAAGUCUGUUGACUUUGCAUCCCGAAAACGACGCAUACCGAGUUUCAUUGCUCAAAUAUAAGAGCGAAUGCUUCGAAAUACUCCGCGCCUCACUGUCGACUCCGGAAAAGUGUAUCAGUGACCAUACCAUUGCUUUGGCCUUGGUGUUGGCGACGGAAGAGGCAAAUGCUGGGCAGUUCCUCUGUGGGAACGUGGAGUACCGGCUGCAUGGGGAAGCAGUUAUAAAAAUGGUCCGUAUGAGAGGUGGGAUCAAAGAGUUUGGCACAGACGGGAUAUUGGGCCAUCUCUUGGCCAGGUCGGUCUACAAUCCAGCCUUUCAAUAUGUUCAAGGUCCCGACGCGGGAGAGGUAGCGGUAUAG